AUGGUCGUCCUUGACGACUCCAUGUUGGUGGCGGUGACCGAGGUUGUUGCCUCUCUCGCCGUCAGCCCCAAGUCGUGCCCAGCGGCGUCUACGGCAAUAGCGUCUCGAGUUACCCUGCCAGGCCCCGAGACGGCCGCCAAACGAUCGUUGGAGGUUGAGCUUCAGAAGCUCAUUCUCCGAGUUGGACAGCUUGAGAGCAGAGCAUGUGCGUCGCGCACCCCUGUCCUCCCCGAAACACCGAAUGAAGUCAACGACACCCUCUUCGGUCAUGACGCCUCGCCGGCGGCCAGUCGGGGGGCAGUCUCGAAAUCGAAACUGACCCACGCCCAUCAAGGUAGCUUGGACAGUCCGAAUCUUUUGCCUCGCCAGCUGACCAAGGAAGCCCUGGAAGGACUGCGAGAACAUGUAGACGACCAGUCCAAGCUCCUCGAUAGCCAACGGCAGGAGCUGGCCGGCGUCAACGCCCAACUCCUCGAGCAGAAGGAGUUGCAGGAGCGAGCUCUCGCCAUGCUUGAGCAAGAACGCGUGGCUACUCUUGAACGCGAGCUUUGGAAGCAUCAAAAGGCCAAUGAGGCUUUCCAGAAAGCGCUUCGAGAGAUUGGUGAAAUCGUCACCGCCGUAGCCCGAGGUGACCUGACGAUGAAGGUCCGCAUGAACACGGUUGAGAUGGACCCAGAAAUCACCACUUUCAAACGAACAAUCAAUGCAAUGAUGGACCAGUUGCAGAUCUUUGCCAGCGAAGUAUCACGGGUGGCCCGCGAAGUCGGUACUGAAGGUUUGCUUGGUGGCCAAGCUCGUAUCGGUGGUGUCGACGGCACGUGGAAGGAACUGACUGAUAAUGUGAACGUGAUGGCCCAGAAUCUCACCGACCAGGUGCGCGAAAUUGCCUCCGUCACAACAGCCGUUGCGCACGGCGACUUGACAAAGAAGAUUGAACGACCAGCCAGGGGGGAAAUUCUGCAACUUCAGCAAACUAUCAAUACCAUGGUGGAUCAGCUUCGAACAUUUGCGUCGGAAGUUACUCGAGUGGCAAGGGAUGUCGGCACCGAAGGCAUUCUUGGUGGGCAAGCCGAUGUUGGCGGCGUGCAGGGCAUGUGGAACGACUUGACGGUGAACGUGAACGCCAUGGCCAACAAUUUGACGACUCAGGUGCGAGACAUUAUCAAGGUCACGACAGCUGUCGCCAAGGGUGAUCUCACCCAAAAGGUUCAGGCAGACUGCAGAGGAGAAAUUUUUGAGCUCAAGUCGACAAUCAACUCCAUGGUGGACCAACUGUCGCAAUUCGCCAGGGAGGUGACAAAAAUUGCCAGAGAGGUCGGGACCGAGGGUCGACUUGGUGGCCAAGCCACCGUUCAUGAUGUUGAGGGAACUUGGAGAGACCUGACUGAAAACGUCAACGGCAUGGCCAUGAACCUGACGACACAAGUGCGAGAGAUUGCAAAAGUCACCACGGCUGUCGCCAAGGGUGAUUUGACCAAGAAGAUUGGCGUCGAGGUCAAGGGGGAGAUUCUGGAACUCAAAAACACCAUCAAUCAGAUGGUGGACCGCCUGGGCACCUUUGCCGUGGAAGUCAGCAAGGUGGCCAGAGAGGUCGGCACGGACGGAACCCUGGGCGGCCAAGCUCAAGUCGCCAACGUCGAGGGCAAAUGGAAGGACCUUACCGAAAACGUCAACACCAUGGCCUCCAACCUCACCGUUCAGGUCCGGAGCAUUUCCGCCGUCACGCAGGCCAUUGCGAACGGAGACAUGAGCCAGACAAUCGAUGUCGAGGCCAAUGGCGAAAUACAGGUUCUGAAGGAGACAAUCAACAACAUGGUGUCACGUCUGUCGAGCUUCUGCUACGAGGUGCAGCGCGUCGCAAAGGACGUCGGCGUCGAUGGGAAGAUGGGCGCCCAAGCCGAUGUUGCCGGCCUGAACGGGCGAUGGAAGGAAAUCACGACGGAUGUCAAUACCAUGGCCAGCAACUUGACGACCCAAGUGCGAGCCUUUUCCGACAUCACCAACCUGGCCACUGACGGAGACUUUACCAAGCUCGUCGACGUCGAGGCCUCUGGUGAGAUGGACGAGCUCAAGCGAAAGAUCAACCAGAUGAUUUCGAACCUGCGAGACAGCAUCCAGCGAAACACGCAGGCCAGGGAGGCUGCCGAGCUCGCCAACAAGACGAAGUCCGAGUUCUUGGCCAACAUGUCGCACGAGAUCCGAACGCCCAUGAACGGCAUCAUCGGCAUGACCCAGCUGACGCUCGAUACCGACCUGACCCAGUACCAGCGAGAGAUGCUCAACAUUGUCAACAAUCUUGCGAAUAGCUUGCUGACCAUCAUCGACGACAUUUUGGAUCUGUCAAAGAUUGAGGCCAGGAGAAUGGUGGUUGAGGAGAUACCGUAUACCCUGCGAGGAACCGUCUUCAACGCCCUCAAGACGCUGGCCGUAAAGGCCAACGAGAAGUUCUUGGACCUUACCUACAAGGUCGACAGCUCCGUUCCCGACCACGUCAUUGGCGACUCGUUCCGCCUCAGGCAAAUCAUCCUCAACCUCGUCGGCAACGCCAUCAAAUUCACCGAGCAUGGCGAGGUCAGCCUCACCAUCAAGGAACGAGACAAGCAGGAAGAAGUCGGCGAGGGCGAGUACGCAAUUCAGUUUGUGGUGGAGGACACGGGCAUUGGCAUAGCAAAGGACAAGCUGAGCCUCAUUUUCGACACCUUCCAGCAAGCCGACGGCUCCAUGACGCGCAAGUUUGGAGGUACCGGCCUAGGUCUGUCGAUUUCAAAGCGUCUGGUCAACCUCAUGGGCGGUGACCUGUGGGUGCUCAGCGAGGCCGGCAAGGGCAGCCAGUUCCACUUUACCUGCCGAGUUCGGCUCGCGGCGGGCGGCACAGAAGGCAUCCUCAAACAGCUCAAGCCUUACCGAGGUCACCAAGUCUUGUUUGUCGACAAGGCUCAGUCGAGCUCGGGAUCGGACAUCAAGGAGAUGCUGGAGCAAAUCGGCCUGCACCCCGUGGUGGUUGACUCGGAGAAGAGCUCCGCCCUCACCAGGCUCAAGGCUGGCAGCGGUGCUCUUCCUUACGACGCCAUCAUUGUCGACUCUAUUGACACGGCAAGGAGGCUGAGAGCCGUCGACGACUUCAAGUAUCUCCCCAUUGUCCUCUUGGCCCCAAUCGUCCACGUCAGUCUCAAGUCAUGUCUGGAUCUGGGCAUCACGUCGUACAUGACAACCCCUUGCACGCUCAUAGACCUUGGAAAUGGCAUGAUUCCAGCUCUCGAGAACAGGGCCACGCCGUCCUUGGCGGACAACACCAAGUCUUUGGAGAUUCUCCUGGCCGAAGACAACACUGUGAACCAGCGACUGGCGGUCAAGAUUCUCGAAAAGUAUCACCACGUGGUUACCGUCGUUGGCAAUGGCUGGGAGGCUGUGGAGGCGGUCAAGGAGAAGAAAUUUGACGUGAUUUUGAUGGAUGUUCAGAUGCCCAUCAUGGGAGGGUUCGAAGCUACUGGCAAGAUUCGCGAGUACGAGCGAGGAAUGGGCACGCACCGAACUCCUAUCAUUGCGCUUACGGCUCACGCCAUGAUGGGCGACCGAGAAAAAUGUAUCCAGGCUCAAAUGGACGAGUACCUGUCGAAGCCAUUGCAACAAAAUCACCUUAUCCAGACGAUACUGAAGUGCGCCACGCUAGGUGGUCCCUUGUUGGAGAAGAACAGGGAGCGGGAGUUGGCCAUCCAAGCUGACGCAAAGUCGAGGAACCACAAGGUGGCGGCGAGCCAAGGUUUCCUGCGUCCGGCCUUGGAGAGCCGGGCCAUGACCAGCCGCGAGCCGCUGCAGAGCCAGGAGGCGGCCGCAAGCCCGCCAGCACUGGCUGCCGAAGAGGAGGACCACUGGGCCCGGCAGCGACGCGACCUCUCGGAAAUGCGGAGCAUCUCAGGGUAA